ACCAACCAAUUCGCCUAAACCAACAAUGUCAUGAUGCCAAACAUGCCGCGAACCGGAGAAAGAAGAAGAAAAAGAAACAACCUUAGCCGCUUGAACUUCAACCUAUGUUUCUCAAUCCCCAUGCAACCGUUCACACCACAAUCUUCCCCUACCGCCACCUCUUCAACCGUUCUUCAGAAUCAAAACAAAAAACCACUAUCACAACCCGCCACGUCAACGUCCCCGAUCAGGAACUACGACCCUACUAACCCAUUCCCGAGCCUCGGACCUGAACCCCAACCUGCUGACCUGGCCACCGCCUUCGUCUCCCAACGCUUCUUCUUCACCUACCCCGGCCGAUCCAACUCCAUCGUCGAAUCCACCGUCACCGACACCGAUUGCGCCACCUCCUCAUCCUCGCCAAGAAAUCCAGUCGCAACCGUCGAAGAAAAGGCGAAAACAGCGCUCGAAGGCAGCGUUGCGGUAGAGAUGUAUUCGCUGGACCCUUACGCGGAUUUCCGGCACUCCAUGGAGGAGAUGGUGGCGGCGAGUCCCGAGUUGAUCGAUGUGGCAGCUAAUUGGAAAGAGCUUCUUUUCUGCUACCUCGCGCUCAACCCGAAGAGCACGCACAAGUUCAUCCUCUCCGCUUUUUCUGAUCUUCUUCUCAGCCUCCUCUCGCAAUCUUCUCCUCCGCCGCAGGAUGCAGAUGCCGGCGACGUUCCCGUCGGUGGCGAUGGAUGUUCGAAUUAGAUACAGUAAAUGUUGAGAAGUUGCAUGUGUUUCUGUAAGUUGAAAAAAACGUAACGUGGGUGCCAGGUAGAGAUUAAUUAGUGGUACUAUACAUUUCGUAAGAAUUAAUUAAGCUUUUUUCCGCAUAAUUAAGUUAGCUUGGUUAAGUCAUGCGCUGUUUCGCAAUUUUUGUUUCUAUUUAAUUAAUUAAUUUAGUUAGUUAGAAGUGACGUCUUUGAUUUUUCUUUUUUCUUUUUGAGAAAAAUACUAAAAUGAUGAUUUUAUUAUUUUCUAAUUUAGCCAAGUUAGGUUUUAAAAAUGGUACGACUCAACAAAGUGAAGCAGUGUGUUUAGUAUAUACCU